UUUUAGAAGCAACAAGUUUUUGUUGCUUGUCAAUUAAAAAUAAAAUGUUGCCGCCGUCUCGACAGCAAAUACUGCGGCUAUACAAGCAUUUAAUUAAAUACGGCAAUCACUUGCAACUAACUGAUAAGAACUACUUCCUGGGCCGAGUGCGACACGAGUUCCGGCAAAAACAACAACUGAACAAUCCGCUAGAAAUUGAGUUCACUUUUAAGCGUGGUGAAACGUUGCUGAAGAAAGGACGCAUACUCUAGGCAUGCUAAGACUGCGCGCUUUGGCCGGUCAGCUUACCAGCCAAAUAGGACGA